UUUUGUUAUUUUAAUUUUAUUUUAGAUGAGUUCAAGAUCAAAAAAAAUUUUAGAGCUUGUUACAAGUUCAAAUUUAUUAGACUUACCAAAAUAUGAGAGUACAAAAUGUUCUUUCCCAGAACAUCGUUCUGUCGCAUUGGCGGCAUUUUCUUCUGAAUCAAUAAUCAAUCAUGCAAACAUUAGUUUACAAGAAACAUCCGAAUUAAGCAACGUCUUAUGUAAGUGAAUUUAGUACAUUUGUGUCCUUUACCCCAUAAAACCAAUAUUAUUGCAUAUAAAUUUAAUUUUUCUAACAGGCUUAUCAAAUGAUGCUAAUAAGAAAAAUUUACCAAUUCCUCCAGAAACUAUGUCUGAAUUAAAAGAAGUCUUAUACUCAUCAGAAGAUUCUAAUAAGAAAAUAUUACAAAUUUUACCAGAAAAUCGAGAAACUAUGCCUGAAUCAAAAGAAGUCUUAUACUCAUCAGAUGAUGAACCAUUUCAAUCAUCUGAAUCUGAGUACAUACCGGACACUACGAGUAGUGCCUCGGAAACGGAAAAUGAAAAUUCGUUUUUACAGUUUAACAAGGGCAAAAAUUUCGUAAAAUAUAUAACUUCCAAACCGAGUCCCAAACUAAGUGAAUUCCCUUCCACUUCAGGAUUAAGCCAAACUGCAAUAGGUAACAAAUCUGAAAUAUAUACAAAAAAUAUAGAUGGAACUAUUGCAACAUUUGGCAAAUUUGUAAAUUCUUUACCUAAAGUGGAACAUUUUUGUAACACUAGACCGUGGACACGAAAAAAUACAUGUCCAUAUUGCGAUCGAGACGUAACUCACUUUGCUCGACAUUUAGAACGAAAUCACUUAAAUGAGGGUGCGGUUAAAGAAUUAUGUUCAUUAGGUUCUAGAAAUCCUAAACGCAAGCUACUGUUAAAAGCCAUUCUAAGACAAGGAAAUUUUACUUCUAAUUCCAAAAUAAAUAUAAUUCGACCAGUAAGAAGGCCAAAAGGAGAACAUAAUUGUGAAAUUGUUCCAAAUUCCGAAAACCUUAAAGAUAAAUACAUUGUAUGUCAAAGCUGUUUGGGAUAUUUUAGUCGGAAUUAUCUGAAGCGACACAGAAAAAAGUGCAAAUUGAGAACCGAUCAAUCUUUAACAGCACGACAACAUCACUUGUCAUCAGCACAAAUGUUUGCAAUGUGUACGGGUCCUAACAGUAAUUUCUAUGAAUCCCUAAGAUUAAAAAAUGAGGUUUUUCCGAUAAUGAGAAGUGAUGAUAUUUCUAAAGCGGCAAUGGGAGACGUGCUCAUAUGCAGCUAUGCCGAAAGCCUUUUAAGAAAACAUAGAAGGCCUCAAAUAAAAAAUGUAAUAUCGAACAAAAUGCGAGAAUUGGGCCGUCUUUUAUUAACACUGAGAGAAGCAAGUGGAUGUCAAAUCCUUCUUGACACAUUAAAGCCAGAAAUGUUUGACCACUUUGUUGCAGCAACAAAAAUAAUAAGUGGUUAUAAUGAAGAAACACGAAGCUUUAAGGCAAGCAGCUUAGCGCUGCAUAUGGGCACAACUCUAAAACAAAUUUGCGAUAUGGCCACCAAACUUCUCAUUAAAAAGACCAAAUUACUACCGUAUGAAGAUUCGGAAAAAUGCCUAAAAGAAAUUAAACGUUUAAAAAAAAUAUUCGAAAACCAUUGGAGUUCAGAGAUAUCUAGUUUAGCAUUAAAAAACCUAAAUGAAAAUAAAUAUGAAAAACCAAAGUUAAUGCCACUUACCACUGAUAUUAUGAAAUUCAACAACUACGUAUCAAGGCAAGCCUGAGAAGCUAGAGAUAAGUUAAUGGGUACAACUCAUUCAAAAGCAGAUUUUAGAUUAUUGUCAGAAUGUAUUUUAGCAUUAACGCUGUUAUUAAACAGAAAAAGAAUUGGAGAAGUGCAGUUCUUAAAAGUAGAAAAUUAUAUCGAUGUAUCUAUGCAAAAUGUUCAAGAAGAAUUUUUACAGGCCCUUUCUGAAUCUGAGAAAAUACUAACGAAGAGCUUCAAACGAGUAGUGACCUUAGGAAAAGGCAGCAAACCUAUUCCACUUUUAUUUUCAACAACUAUUCAAGAAUUAAUAAAUGUUUUGUUGGCCAAAAGAAAUGUCUAUAUAUCACAAAAAAAUCCAUACCUUUUCGCGAAUCCAAAUACUACUGACAAAUACCUUAGUGGCUAUCAUACUGUAAAAAAAUUGGCAGAAAAUUCAGAAGUAUCUAAUACUACGCUAUUUACAUCAACACGACUUCGGAAACAGAUAGCUACUGUCCUGCAAGUUCUGAAUAUCACUGAAUCUGAAUUUGAACAGUUUGCGAGAUUUAUGGGCCAUACCAAAAAAACACAUGCUACUUACUACCGGUAAGCAAAUAAUAAUUUAUUCACAGUAAUCGUUAAGAUAUAGGCUGUUGCAUAGGCAUGUAUUACUAUUCACUCCUAGCAAUAAUAGAAAGUUACAUUAAAAUUAUUUUUUUAUGAUUUUGAACUACAAUACACUAACUUUACAGUAUUUAUUUGAAAACUAUUGUUAAAUAAAACUUAAAACUGACUUAGUAUAUUAGAACCAAUGUCCAAUGCAGAUGCAACAUCCGUUGUUUACAUUAAAAUUUAACUAAAAGGUAAACGUUUUUCGUAUAAAAAAAAAUUCGCUUGGUCUCGAAAUCAAGAACGAGACUAUUUUUUUGAGGUCAGGUAAAUCUUACCUUGGUUCUUCUCAGCCCAUAAUAAUAAUUAAUAUAUAGCGUAAGACAAUGAAAAUGAAAGAGAGCCAGUUUUAAAGAUCUUAGGUUAUUUACAAAAAAACACUCGGA